AUAUAUUUCUUUUACAAAUUUGAUACUCUCCACCAAAUCUCCAUUAUAAAAUUCCUCCACUUUCGAUCUCUGUCGUGGUCAAACGGUUCCUGUCCAAUAAUUUACCUGAUCUUUUUCUUUAAAUACAAAAUCAAACAAAAGCUAGCUCUUAAGUACUUUGAUCAUCUCUUAAUAAUUAUAUCCUACUUUUGGGUAGAAAAAAAUGCUAGAAACCGUGAAGUACCUGAUCGGUUCAAGAGGAGCAAGCGGGUUCGGCUCGAAAUCCACGGCCGAGGAAGUUACUGAGACUUGCCCUGAUCUCCGUUCUAUCACUGCCAUUAUCACUGGUGCGACGUCGGGGAUCGGUGCCGAGACGGCUCGAGUGUUGGCGAAACGAGGGGCGAGAUUGGUGAUUCCAGCACGGAACCUUAAAGCUGCGGCGGAGGCUAAGGCGAGGAUCGUUUCUGAGUUUCCUAACUCUGAGAUCGUUAUAAUGGCUCUUGAUUUGAGUUCACUCAGUUCGGUUCGAAAAUUCGUGUUGGAUUUUGAAUCACUUGACUUGCCUCUCAAUCUCCUCAUAAACAACGCUGGUAGGUUUGCGCAUCACCAUGCAAUCUCUGAGGAUGGAAUAGAGAUGACAUUUGCCACUAAUUAUCUAGGUCACUUUUUAUUGACAAAACUGUUACUAAACAAGAUGAUGGAGACUGCAAAACAAAGCGGCGUUCAAGGGAGAAUCGUGAACGUGUCGUCAAGUAUCAACGGUUGGUUUUCCGGCGAUAUGAUCCGGUACCUAGGUCAGAUAUCCAGAAGCAAAAGUCAAUACGAUGCGACACUUGCUUAUGCUCUAUCGAAGCUGGCUAAUGUUUUGCAUACCAAGGAGCUUGCUCAGCGACUCAAGGAAAUGGGUGCCAACGUGACAGUGAACUGUGUUCAUCCUGGGAUUGUAAGAACCCGUCUUACCAGAGAACGUGAAGGCUUCAUCACAGAUCUGUUUUUCAUUUUAGCUUCAAAGCUGCUGAAGACAAUCCCACAGGCAGCUUCCACUACAUGUUACGUUGCAACACAUCCAAGAUUAGAGAACGUUAGUGGGAAAUACUUUUCGGACUGUAAUGAGACAUGGACCUCAAAACUGGGUUCGGAUUCCAUUGAAGCUUCAAAGCUAUGGACUGCCUCUGAAAUCAUGGUGUCUGAGAUUAAAAAAGGGCUAGAAACAUACACGAACAGACCAACCGAGAGAAAGUAAUCAUUACAAAGUUAAAAGACUA